AUGAGCACCUGCACCUGCAGCUUCACAGCAACAGAGGAAUUCCCAGCACGGGAUCUGCAUCAAGCAGCUCAGUGCCCCUCCGCCGGUGGUGUGGAGGCCACUAUGACCGAUGGGGUCGGGCCGUCGGGGUGGAGGCCAGGAGAGGGGCGCGCCGGUGAGGAGAGGGCUGCCGCUGCGGAAGUUGCCUCGUCCGCCACUGGAUCUGCAACUGCCGUCGCGGCUAGGAGAAUGCGCGCCGUCGCAGGUGGUCUGGGGGCCGCCGCCACCGCAGGGGAGGUGAAGCGGAAGCCUCCGCUGUCACCCGAGCAGCCCUUGGCCGGAGACUCGCGUGGACGCCCGCCGUAUCUACUCGCCUCUAUGUGGGUAGGCAAGUCCGAGCUCGCCGCCAACGAAGCCGAAGCGGCGCUCCGCCACCUCCUCGUCGAGGUCGAGUGA